GACCCGGACCCAUGGAGCCGGCGGUCCUGGCCUCGCACAACCUCCCGCACCACGAGCCAAUCAGCUUUGGCAUCGAUCAGAUCCUGAGCUGCCCGGAACCCCCCGGGAGCGGCCUAGGCCCCGGUCGCGCCGGCCAGAGCCAUGGGGAGAGUGCAGCGUUCUCGGGUGGAUUUCACGCAACCUCAAGCUAUGGUCCGGCGGGUUCACUGGCCCCGCUACCUGGCAGCUCAGGCAUGGGCCCAGGCGGCGUGAUCCGCGUCCCGGCGCAUCGUCCGAUGCCAGUGCCUCCGCCCGCGGGAAGCGCGCCAGCAGUGCCUGGACCCUCGGGCUUGGGCGGAGCCGGGGGCCUAGCCGGACUCACCUUCCCUUGGAUGGACAGCGGCCGCCGCUUUGCCAAGGACCGGCUCACGGCUGCACUCUCGCCCUUCUCCGGGACGCGGCGCAUAGGCCACCCCUAUCAAAACCGGACCCCCCCAAAGAGGAAGAAGCCGCGCACGUCCUUCUCCCGCUCGCAGGUGCUGGAGCUGGAGCGGCGCUUCCUGCGCCAGAAGUACUUGGCCUCGGCGGAGAGGGCAGCGCUGGCUAAGGCCCUGCGCAUGACCGACGCACAGGUCAAGACUUGGUUCCAGAACCGGCGCACCAAGUGGCGGCGCCAGACGGCGGAGGAGCGCGAGGCGGAGCGGCACCGCGCCGGCCGGCUGCUCCUGCACCUGCAGCAGGAUGCCCUACCGCGGCCUCUGCGGCCGCCGCUGCCCCCGGACCCACUCUGCCUGCACAACUCGUCGCUCUUCGCGCUGCAGAACCUGCAGCCCUGGGCCGAGGACAACAAGGUGGCUUCCGUGUCUGGGCUCGCCUCGGUGGUGUGAGCGACGCGGCCCGACCGGCCGAGAGCUCUCUAACGGACUGAGGCGCCGCGCGGAGCGCCCGGCCCAGGACCAUGGAGCGCGCGGCUGACCACGCCGUGGUGCCGUGGUUCCGUGGUAGCGGAGCUGGUGAGGAGGAGCUGGCUUUGAGGCUGUCGUCGAGGGCUCCACGGCCGCCGCGGGCUCCCAGGCUUGCGUUUCGAGGUUGUGCCGCGCUUUUAGACGUGACCUUUCCCGCCAUUUCCCACUUAACUGCGGUCGCAAGGCAGCUGGAACCCGAGGAGCCCAGAAGGCGGGACUUGCGGUAUGGUAGCCAAUGAGGUGAGGGGAGGGGGCGGACUGGCCAAUGGGAGCUGCUCUCCCGAGGACUUUGGAUUCUUCGGAGGGUGGGUUCAAGCUGGGGUUCUGGACCCACAGAGCAGCCUAAAGGUGGUGCUGGGAAGGGAUGGCGGCAGCUCGCACGGCCUGGGUCUAUAUCAAAGGUGCGAAGGAAGGAAGACACCAAUGACAGCGGAAUAAUGGAAGAGGAGCUAGAGGGCAAGGGUCUGACUGUGACAGGAACCAGAGGGUUAUCCACACUGGGCAUCUCAUUCUUCAACUGUAAAAUAAUCGCUAAGGAUACCUUUCUGACUUUGAACCUCAUGUUGUGUGUGUUCAACCUUCUGACUCCCCCUCCUCCUUGAGCCUCACAAUACGCCUGGGUGGCAGGCAAGACGGAUACUAACACACCCAACGAAACAGAGAAUCUGGGAACACUAACACGUCUCUAGUCUCCUGUGGGGACAGACAGAGGAAACGGGGAGGCAGUGGAUAAAAUUAAUGGACCCCGUGGAGUUAGGCUGAGCAGAUUUUGGCAAAUAACUAGGAUUAUCCAAGAAGAAUCAAAGAUAAUUCCAGGGUUGGAGAUGUAGAGGAUGGGGAGAGAAAUGGUGUUGUGGAUAAUGAAGGGGAAAUUGAAAGAUUAGAGCAAGAUAACUACAGGCAAAACUGAACGCCAGACCUAAAAAGAAUACAUUCUAGAAAAGUGCUUUUGGGGCAGGUUGGGUGACAUCCACAUAGGGGUGGAGAUAGAUGGAAUGAUGAGAA